AUGCGUGAAACACACUGCAUCGAACUAGAGGAAGAGGACGAGGAACUUGUGUGGCAAGCUCAGCGCGCGGAAGCCGAGAGCGAGUAUCUCGCGUCUGUGGCACAGCUUUCGCGCCAAAAUGAAGCGGCGGCUCAGUACAUUCGUGGAGUGGAGCCGUUGAAAUGGUGCUUGUAUCCGUACUUGGCCAUUCGACAGAUGUACGGGUGGCAGACUACG